AUGCGAGUUUCUCAAAUUCUGGGCCUUGCUCUCAGCCUCCUGGGCGGCGCCACGGCUAAGGACAUUUAUGUUUCUCCAACAGGCAAUGGCUCAGGAACGCUCGAAAGCCCCUAUGGAUCUAUCCAGACGGCCGUCAACGCCGCUGCUGCUGGCGACACUAUUUUCCUUCGAGGAGGCACAUAUGCGCCGUCUGCCAAUAUCCAGGUCGGGAAGAGUGGAACCAGAACGAAGCCCAUCGCCGUGCGGCCCUACCAGAAUGAGAAGGUGAUCAUCGACGGGGAUAACAUGCCUGGAACCCCAAAGGAGCUUAACGAAGCACUGCCAAAUGCCGAACGAGGAAUCUUCCAUAUCCAAAAGGCCGAGUACUGGGCUUUCUACAACCUCGAGUUGAUCAACGGGCCCUACGGAAUUUACGCCCGUGAUGCCUCCCACAACUACUACGAGGGGCUUUCGACGCACGACAACUACGAAACAGGCUUCCAACUCGAAGGCGCCUCCGCGAACAACACGGUCCUGAACCUCGACUCGUACCGAAACCGGGACCCCCGCAAGAACGGCGAGAGCGCCGAUGGCUUCGCCUGCAAGAGCGGUUCGGGCGAGGGCAACGUGCUCCGCAACGCCCGGCUCUGGGACAACGUGGACGACGGCCUCGAUUUGUUCAUGUUCGGUUCCCCCGUGGUCAUGGAAGAAGUCUACGCCUGGGGAAACGGCUACAACCGGUGGGGGUUCACCCCGUUCGAGGGAGACGGCAACGGUUUCAAGCUGGGCAUCACCGACAACCCGCCGGCCAACCACGUGGUCCGCAACUGCAUGGCCUUCGCCAACAUGAAGAAGGGCUUCAUCGACAACGGCAACCCGGGCUCGCUGACGAUGGAGCGCAACACGGCGUGGAACAACGGCGACCUGGGCUUCCACAUGCGCAGCUCGUCGUCCACCCUGCGGAGCAACAUUGCCGUAGCCAAUGUCGGUAGCGCGCAGGUCAGCCUCAUCAGCUCCGUCUCCGCGUCGGGCAACUCCUGGCAGUCUGGGUCCUGGUCCAACAGCUCGUUCGCGAGCCGAGAUCCCGCCACGCUUAAGGGUGCGCGUGGUUCGAAUGGCAAGGUUAAGCCGAGUGACUUUCUGCUGCCGACGUCUGGAGUUGCUAUCGGAGCGUCUACGCAGCAGGAGGUCUGA